AGGAACGGAAGCCGGGAGGGAACUAGGGCGGAAGGGAACCAGGGCCGGGCUUGUGUUCGGAGCCUUGGCGGGGCAGGGGUUCCGAUGUGGUCCCCGGAGCGGGAGGCCGAGGCCCCGGCCGGGGGAGACCCGGCGGGCCUACUGCCCCCCGAGUGGGAGGAGGAUGAGGAACGCAUGUCUUUCCUGUUCUCCGCCUUCAAAAGGAGUCGCGAGGUGAACAGCACCGACUGGGACAGCAAGAUGGGCUUCUGGGCUCCGUUGGUGCUGAGCCACAGCCGCCGCCAGGGGGUGGUGCGCCUGCGUCUGCGGGACUUGCAGGAGGCCUUUCAGCGCAAGGGCAGUGUCCCCCUGGGGCUGGCCACCGUGCUGCAGGACCUACUACGUCGAGGGGAGCUGCAGCGGGAGUCAGACUUCAUGGCCAGUGUAGACAGCAGCUGGAUCUCCUGGGGGGUUGGAGUCUUCCUGCUGAAGCCCCUCAAGUGGACUCUUUCCAACAUGCUAGGGGAUAAUAAAGUUCCUGCCGAGGAGGUGCUCGUAGCUGUGGAGCUGCUUAAGGAGAAGGCUGAGGAGGUGUAUCGUCUGUAUCAGAACUCCCCUCUCUCCUCCCAUCCUGUGGUGGCCCUGUCAGAGCUGAGCACCCUCUGUGCGGGCUCCUGUCCAGACGAGAGGACCUUCUACUUGGUGUUGCUGCAGCUGCAGAAAGAGAAGAGAGUCACAGUUCUCGAGCAGAAUGGGGAAAAGAUUGUGAAGUUUGCCCGAGGGCCACAUGCCAAGGUCUCUCCUGUCAACGACGUAGAUGUUGGGGUAUACCAGCUGAUGCAGAGUGAACAGCUGCUCUCGCGCAAAGUGGAGUCCUUGUCCCAGGAAGCAGAGAGGUGUAAAGAAGAAGCCCGCCGGGCAUGCCGAGCAGGAAAGAAGCAGCUGGCACUGAGGUCUCUCAAGGCCAAGCAACGGACAGAGAAGCGCAUCGAGGCCCUGCAUGCCAAACUGGACACUGUUCAAGGCAUCCUGGACCGGAUCUAUGCCUCGCAGACAGACCAGAUGGUUUUCAAUGCUUAUCAGGCCGGGGUAGGAGCACUAAAACUCUCCAUGAAGGAUGUCACAGUGGAGAAGGCAGAGAGCCUUGUGGAUCAGAUCCAAGAGCUGUGUGACACCCAGGAUGAAGUUUCUCAGACUCUGGCUAGCGGGGUGACCAAUGGCUUAGAUUUUGACAGUGAGGAACUGGAGAAGGAACUGGACAUCCUUCUUCGGGAUACCACCAAAGAACCUUUGGAUCUGCCUGAAAACCCCCCUGAGACAUUUUAUACCAACAGUGUGCCUAACCCUAGGAUCUCAGACGCUGAACUUGAAGCUGAACUUGAGAAACUGUCCUUAUCAGAGGGAGGUUUGGUCCCAAGCAGUAAAUCUCCAAAAAGGCAAUUGGAACCGACUCUCUAAAGCCAUUCUAGGACCCUCAAGUGAAGGACCCUCGUGUAAAAGAGAGACCAGGCUUGUGUGUGUGUGUACAUAGUUAUUUAAAUGAGAAACUCUCAGAAUUUGUUGGGAAGAGGAGGAAGGAGAGCUACUCUGAUUUAUCUUGGAUGCUACCACUCACCACAGGACAGAUGUCAUUUCUGGGAGCGUGCUCGCAAGGCGUGCUCCCAGCUGGUGUCAUGGACCUGCCUUCUCAUCUUUAUAGUGCCACAAUUUAUACGGUUCCGUGUUUGACCUGUCGUCUCUCAUAGCCUGCAGUUCUUGCCAUUGGCUCAGUUAGGUUUGUCUUCACCCGCCAGCUUUGUUCCAGCCAAUGAAGGUGAAAGAGUUGCAGCUUUGCCAAAUCAAAACCAUUCCCUUCUCCCCACCCCACUGCUUUUUCCCGAGGACUUUAUUCUGUCUGUAAGGUCAAGUAAACAACUUGUUCCAGUCCUACUCUGUUUUCGUUGGUAACUCAAGGAAGGAGAAUCAAACAGCUGCCAUGUUAUGGAGGAAUGUACAGUGUGAAAGGUUGUUCUGUGGGGUCACUGGCCAGAUUCUCCA